CUAGAAGCAGGAAGCGUGUGAAUGAACUCAGGGGUCUUGCUUGUCAGUGAAUGCAACUGUAGUGGCUGCCAACAUGGUACAAAAGGUUCUCGUGACAGGAGGAGCAGGCUAUAUCGGUAGCCAUUGUGUGGUGGAACUCAUUGAGGCGGGAUAUCAUCCUGUCGUCAUUGACAACCUCAGCAAUGCGGUGAGAGGAGAAGGUGAUGUUCCUGAGAGCUUAAGAAGGAUAGAGAAGUUUAUGGACACCAAGAUCGAAUACCAGGAGCUGGACUUGCUUGACAAGGCAGGACUGGAGGGUGUUUUUAAAAAGCACUCAUUCUAUGCUGUGAUGCACUUUGCUGGCCUGAAGGCAGUUGGCGAAUCGGUAGAGCAGCCUCUGAGAUACUAUCGUGUCAAUCUCACUGGAACCAUCAACUUGCUUGAAGUAAUGCAGGCUUAUGGAGUUCACAAUCUGGUCUUCAGCAGCUCAGCCACAGUGUAUGGAGAUCCCCAGCGGCUGCCCAUCGAUGAGGAUCAUCCUGUAGGGGGCUGCACCAACCCCUAUGGCAAGACCAAGUUCUUCAUUGAGCAGAUGGUUCAGGACCAGUGCAGGGCAGAGAAGGACUGGAAUGCUGUGCUGCUGAGAUACUUUAACCCCAUUGGUGCUCACAUCUCUGGACAAAUUGGGGAGGAUCCACAAGGGAUUCCCAACAACCUACUACCUUAUGUUGCCCAGGUCGCCAUCGGAAGGAGAAAACACCUCAAUGUAUUUGGCAAUGACUAUGACACAGUGGAUGGAACAGGGGUAAGAGACUACAUCCACGUUGUGGACUUGGCAAAGGGACACAUUGCAGCUCUUAAUAAACUGAAAGAAAAUUGUGGAUGCAAGGUCUAUAAUCUGGGCACAGGCACUGGCUACUCUGUGCUUCAGAUGGUGAAGGCUAUGGAGAAGGCUUCUGGAAGACAGAUUGCAUACCAGAUUGCCCCUCGACGGAGUGGGGACAUUGCCUCAUGUUAUGCCGACCCAACCUUGGCAGAGAAAGAGCUUGGCUGGAAGGCAGAAUUUGGCCUGGAGAGGAUGUGUGAAGAUCUGUGGCGCUGGCAGUCCCAGAAUCCUACUGGGUUCAGCAAUGGGACCGCACACUGAAAAUGGAUGCUUCAGUCGUGGUCUCACUGACCAGUCUAGCAUAACCCAGGCCAAAGCAGAUCAUGCAGUUGUUUGUUUUUAUAAGAACCUGUUUGAAGUGGAAGAGACCUCAGACAUACUGAAUGAAUCAAACUUACCUAUACUGUACUUUAAUGUUGAUCUCUGUAUGUGUGUCAGUUUUCUAGAGUUAAUGUCAU